GUAGACCACAGUGUAAUUCUCCACCUGUUGGAGGCUGGAGCUCUGGGUUUGACGCCUCCCAUCACGAGGCUGGAGUUCCGGGUUGUUUCCAGAGGCGCAGAUCGUUAGUGCUGCGUAAUUACGCACAGACCCCGUCCUGGACAUGUCUCUGCUGCUGGACCACCUCUUCACCGACCUGCCCCCGGACCGGGCCGUGGACACCGGGCUGUUCCUGGACUCAGUGUCUCACCUCCCCGCGUUUAUCGAUUGUCUGGGGUCAAAAGUUUUCUCGCUCAUCAAGUCUGAUAUUAUCGGCAACAUCACGAAAAUUCGAGGCGUUUAUGAGAAGGACCCUCAGAGGUUUGUGACGCUGCAGCAGAUCCUGGAGGCAGAGCGACAGGACCAUGCGUCUGAAUGGCCUAAAGUCGGGGCCACACUGGCUCUGAUGUGGUUAAAGAGGGGGCUCCGCUUUAUUCAGAUCUUGCUCCAGAGUUUGGCAGAUGGUGAAAAAGACGAGAAUAACCCAAACCUCAUUCGAGUCAGUAUCACCAAGGCUUAUGAAGGGUCACUGAAGAGAUACCACGGCUGGUUAGUGCAGAAGAUUUUUAAGGCGGCUCUGAUGGCGGCUCCCUACAGGUCAGACUUUAUUAAAGCUCUGUCCAAAGGAGAAGAAGUGAAAGAAGAAGAGUGUCUGGAGAAAGUGCGUCACUUCCUGGUGAACUUCACAGCCACCGUAGAUGCCAUUUAUGACAUGUACACGGAGCUAAACGCAGAGCUGGACUACACAGUUUGAUGUUUCAUCACAUGGACUUUGUACAUAGAGUUUUACAAAGAUACUUAAAAUAUUGAGGUAUUUAUUAAAUGACGUGUGCCUUAAAUCAGAUGCUGGACUGUUCAGAUUCAGAUGAACUCUUCACAAAAAACGUCUCAUGUUUCUGUUUGAAUGUUUAGAAGUGAAACGACUGAAAGGAUCACAGUAUUUCACAUGUGGAUUUGUGUCUAAGUUCAGAUUAAACUUCAUUUUGUUUUCAUUGCAGUGACAGUUUUUAGAUUCUUUUUGUUUUCACAUGUUUCAAAUCCAUCCCUGAAGUGUGUGUAAU